CCCGCUGCAGAGGGACGGCGUGUACCGCUGGUUCUCGGAGCUGCCGUCGCCGCAGCGCGUGGAGUUCCUGUGCGGCCUGCUGGACCUGUGCAUCCCGCUCGAGCUGCGCUUCCUCGGCUCGUGCCUCGAGGACCUGGCCCGCAAGGACUACCACUCGCUGCGCGACUCGGAGAUCAAGGCCAACAACCCGGCCGACCUGGGCAGCCUCACCAACCUGACGGACGAGGUGGUGCGCAGCAAGCUGCUCGUGUCGCUGGCGCUGCUGGGCUCGGAGCAGCGCGAGGCGGCGGGCGUGCUGUACCGCACGCUCACGCACAUCGACUCCAUCAUCCACAACUACGGGCUGCAGCUCAACGAGGGCCGCACGGGCGAUGAGUUCCUGCUGCUCUUCACCAUGGCCUCCAACCACCCGGCCUUCAGCUUCCACCAGAAGCAGGUGCUGCGCCAGGAGCUCACGCAGAUCCAGAGCAGCCUGAGCGGCGGCGGCGGCAGCGGGGGCCCCGGGGGCAAGAGCGUGCUGCCCACCUGCCCGGCCUGCCACAAGGUCACUCCAAGAACCGAGACCCCCGUCAACAGUGUCAGUAAUAGUUUGGAGAAUGCACUGCACACAUCAGCACAUUCCACUGAGGAGUCGCUGCCCAAGAGGCCUGUAGGAAAACACUCCAAAGUGAGUGUUGAAAAGAUAGACCUGAAGGGAUUAUCACACAAAAAAAAUGAAAGAAAUGUUGAAUGUUCCUUUGAGGUCUUGUGGUCUGAUUCUUCAAUAACAUCAGUAACCAAAUCUUCCUCUGAAGUGACUGAAUUUAUUUCAAAGCUGUCUCAGCUGUACCCGGAAGAAAAUUUGGAGAAAUUCAUUCCUUGCUUAGCUGGCCCAGAUUCGUUUUAUGUAGAGCGAAACCACAUGGAUCUGGAAGCGGACCUGAGGUAUUUGGCUUCAUUACCUUCUCACAUAUUAAAAAAUGACCAUGUUAAGAAAUUUUUCAGCACUUCAUCUCCCACCCAACAGCUUCAAAGUCCAAGUCCUGGCAACCCUGCCCUUUCUAAAGUCGGUACCAUGAUGGGUGUGUCUGGAAGACCUGUGUGUGGAGUGGCUGGCAUCCCGUCCUCUCAGAGCAGCACCCAGCAUCACAUGCAGCACUCGGCCAGCGCAGCUGCCCUGCCCCACUGCUCCCACGCUGGGGGCACGGGCUCGGCGCUGGCCUACCGGACCCAGAUGGACACCUCGCCUGCCAUCUUAAUGCCUUCCAGUCUGCAGACCCCUCAGACACAGGAGCAGAAUGGGAUUUUAGAUUGGCUUAGGAAGCUCCGUUUGCACAAAUACUACCCCGUCUUUAAACAGCUCACAAUGGAGAAGUUUCUGAGCCUUACUGAAGAAGAUUUAAAUAAAUUUGAAUCCCUCACCAUGGGAGCAAAGAAAAAACUGAAGACUCAGUUGGAGCUGGAGAAGGAGAAGUCAGAGAAACGGUGCCUGAACCCCUCAGCCCCAGCCCCGGUCACCAGCAGUGGAGUGGCCCGUGUCCCCCCCACGAGCCACGUGGGGCCCGUGCAGGCUAUGCGAGGCAGCCACGCUGCAGCGCUGCGGGUGGAAGUGGAGCAGCCCCCUCACCAGACGGCCCGGGAAGGCAGCUCCUCAGAGUGCUCUAGCUCCUCCCCCAGCCCAAUGGGGGUGCAGGCGCGGGAAGAGAGCUCGGACAGUGCCGAGGAGAACGACAGACGUGUGGAGAUCCACUUGGAGGGCUCUGAGAAGGAGAAGCCUGUAAUGCUCCUCAAUCAUUUCACUUCAAGUUCCGCCAGACCCACAGCCCAGGUUCUCCCUGUGCAGAAUGAGGCAGGCUCCAACCCGUCAGGCCACCACCCACUGCCUCCACAGAUGAUGAGCGCAGCCUCGCACAUCGCACCCAUCCGAAUGCUAAAUUCUGUGCACAAAUCGGAAAGGGGAGGCGCGGACAUGAAGCUCCUCUCGUCCUCUAUGCACUCGCUACUGUCUCUAGAAGAAAGGAGUAAAGUCUCCGGACCAAGAAGUGGCAUCAAAGUGGACAAGAGCUUUGGCAACGCCAUGAUGGAUGUGCUACCCGCGGCCGUCCCCCCACAGCCCAUGCAGGUCCUCUCUGGACUUGCUGAGAGCAGUUCUGUGUCUCCCACCGUAUCCUUUGGUCCCCGCGCCAAAGUUGUCCAUGCGUCUGCACUGGACAGGGUAAUGAAGCCGGCCCCGCAGCCGGCCCUGGUGGUGGAGACGAGCACGGCAGCUGCGGGGACGUCGAGCACCGUCUUCCACGUGGCACGGCCACCCAUCAAACUUCUGGUGUCGUCAUCCGUCCCUGCGGAUUCUGCCAUUUCUGGGCAGACUUCCUGUUCUAAUAACGUGCAAAUAAGUGUGCCCCCUGCAAUAAUAAACCCCCGGACUGCUCUGUACACAGCCAACACCAAAGCUGCCUUCUCUGCGAUGAGCAGUGUGCCCGUGGGCCCCCUGCAGGGCAGCUUCUGUGCAAACAGCAACACUGCCUCUUCCAGUAGCCACCCUUCCACAUCCUUUGCAAACAUGGCCACUGUGCCCAGCUGCCCAGCCCCCAGCUCCAGCCCCGCACUCUCCUCGGUCCCUGAAAGCAGUUUCUACAGCAGCAGCAGCGGCGGCGGCUCCCCCGGCAACAUUCCUGCUGCUGCUCAGAACCAUCACCACCACCACCACCAUCAGCAGCAGCCAGCGCCCCAGCAGCCCACGCCCGGCCCGCCGCCCGGCUGCGUCGUGUGCACGUCUUGCGGGUGCAGCGGGAGCUGCGGCUCGAGUGGCCUGACCGUCAGCUACGCCAACUACUUCCAGCACCCGUUCUCGGGGCCGUCCAUGUUCCCCUUCCCCUUCCUGCCCUUCAGCCCCGUGUGCGGCAGCGGCUACGUGGGCACCCAGCAGUACGGCAGCGGCGCCUUCCCGGUCGUGCACUCGCCCUACAGCGGCAGCGUGCCGCCCGAGCCCGUCCUGGGCGGCCAGUCCACAUUCGCCGUCCCACCCAUGCAGAACUUCAUGGCGGGGGCAGCGGGCGUGUACCAGGCCCAGGGGUUGGUGGGCAGUAGCAACGGUUCCAGUCACAAAAAGAGUGGGAAUCUCUCAUGUUACAACUGUGGGGCCACCGGUCACCGCGCUCAGGACUGCAAGCAGCCGUCCAUGGACUUCAAUCGGCAAGGUACUUUUAGGUUGAAAUAUGCCCCUCCAGCAGAAAGUCUGGACUCCACAGAUUGAUAUUUUUCUCUGGCAACAGAACACUAUUAAGCCAUGGAGACAUAAGGAAAAUUAAAUACAAAACUGAGAAGUCUAGUUGCUGUUGAGCUUAAUAUUUUUAAUCCAAAGGUGCUUUACUUUACUAGACU